GCUGAGCCAAAUAGUGAACGACCACUAUUAGGAUGGAUAUACUUAAAGCUGAGAUCGCAAGGAAGAGGAAACUCCUCGAAGAAAAGGAGCUUGUUGACGACACCAAGAGAUUCUUCAAGAGGUCUGAUCUUGCCCGCAAGGAGCAAGAAGAUUACUACAGAAGAUGUGGAUAUAAGAUUGAUAAAAAGGAGGAGGAUGAGCCAUCCACCUCAGCUAAUCCAGUGUUAGAACUGGAACUGACAGAGGAGAAGCUGCCAAUGACACUGUCACGACAGGAGGUAAUUCGGCGUCUGAGAGAACGAGGGGAACCAAUCCGCCUGUUUGGAGAGUCUGACUAUGAUGCCUUCCAGAGACUCAGAAAGAUUGAGAUUCUGACCCCAGAAGUGAACAAGGGUUUGAGGAAUGACCUGAAGGCAGCCAUGGAUAAGAUUGACCAGCAGUACCUGAAUGAAAUUGUCGGGGGAACAGAGCCAGGAGAAGUGGACACACAGCACGACUUAAAAGUGCACGAAGAAAACACCACAAUAGAAGAACUGGAGGCUCUUGGCAACACCUUAGGCAAGGGAGAUGAUCAUGGAGACCAGGAUGUUAUUGACAAAUUUUUGAGGUUUCUUCUUGGAGUUUGGGCCAAAGAUCUGAACAGCCGAGAGGACCAUGUGAAGCGCAGUGUUCAGGGCAAGCUGGCCAGUGCAACCCACUCACAGACUGAGUCUUACCUCAAACCUCUUUUCAGGAAGCUCAGAAAGAAGAAUUUACCCGCUGACAUCAAAGAAUCUAUCACAGACAUCAUUAAGUUCAUGUUGGAGAGGGAAUAUGUUAAGGCGAAUGAUGCAUAUUUGCAGAUGGCUAUUGGAAAUGCUCCCUGGCCUAUUGGUGUGACCAUGGUGGGUAUCCAUGCCCGUACUGGGCGAGAAAAGAUCUUCUCCAAACAUGUGGCCCACGUUCUCAAUGAUGAGACACAGAGAAAAUACAUUCAGGGACUGAAGAGGCUGAUGACAAUCUGCCAGAAACACUUCACUACUGAUCCAUCAAAGUGUGUGGAGUACAAUGCUCUCUAAUUUGUAACUCCAUCUUAUCUCAUGACAAGGCUGUCAGAACCAUUGUAUCACAAUCCAAAAUAGGAUUUUUUGUAUUAGUAUGAUGUGAAUGUAAGUACAUUUUCAUCUGACUGGGGAUAACUGUGAGAGAAAAUGCAUAAUUUCAACAAAAUUAGGGCGAGUGAGAGAGUAAAAAUUCUCUCACCAUAUUAUUUAACUGACAUUAAUUUCACUUACAAGAAUGAAAACAUCACAGAUUAAGCUGGAGAACACUCAUCAGCCCCUGAGACUCAUCAGCCUGGUUUAGUGAACUACUGGGAAAACAGAUGCACCAGUCAGACCUUUUUAGUAGUUACAAGUCUUCAGUCCUUCUUGUGACAAUAUGUAUUAAUGGAUGCUCUGAGGAAUCAAGACUGUUUUUGCAGGAAGAACCCAAGUAUCAAACUUGACUUCCUGCUGUUUUUUCAAGGCUGUAAAAAUAUAUUCCUUAAGUACUAGCAUACAUAUGUUUUCAAAGAUUUAUUUUGAUGUGGUGAGAGAUCCAGUGGUGUAAGUUUUAUUACACUUCAGAUACAAGUUUUCACAUUUUCAGCAGAUAAUGAAACCAGUCUGUGUCCCUGCACCAUC